UGUCAACACAGCGACAGCGGGCCGUGAGAUCAGCCCAGCGGUGCGGUGACGUUCAGAAACGGGAGCAGAAGAUAAAGCGAGCCGGGGGAGGCGGAGAGACGCAGAGUUGCAGGAGCGGGGAUACCGAUCAGCAGCAGCCGGAGAAUUUCUAUUGAUUUACCCGGACCAGAGCUGAAAGUCGGUGCGGAAUAAAGGGCAAAGAAAAAAAGCUGCGGAUCAGAUUUUCUUCAGAUUCGUCCUGACUUCCGGUACUGUCGACAAAAAUUCGAUUUGACAAGAUGAGACUUCAGGUGAGGUUUAUCACCGGCGAUGGUUUCGAACUUGAUGUCGACCCUUCCAUUCAAGUGUCGACACUCAAGAUGAAAAUCCAGGAAAAGACCAACGUGCCCAUUUCCCAACAGCGUCUGAUGGUGCAAAAUGGCCAAAGCGUGGAGAUGCAGGACGACAGAAGUCUAAGCUACUACAACCUCAACCCCAGCCCCACCGUCAUGUUGCUGGUCAGGAAAGAGGAAUCCAUGCAGAUAUUUCUCCUGAACGACAAGGGGAAAACGACGACGUACGACGUGAUGCCCUCUGAGUCCGUGCAGAAGUUUAAAGAGCGGGUCCAUCGGCAGGAGGGGGUCAGACCCGACCAGCAGCGCCUGGUUUACGAGGGCAAACAGUUGGAGGAUGGGCGAUUGCUCUCCGACUACAACAUCAGACCACUAACCACCAUCUCUCUGCUGCUCCGGCUACGUGGAGGCUGAUUUACUCCUGCAGACGGUUGAGAAAACUGUGAUUAAAAAUAAUUUAUUGGUAUUUUAUUGCAUUCCUAUAUUCUGUCGUGAGCACUUUGUUACAUUAUCCUGUCUAUCUGCUACGUUCCACACUGACAUUCACAAGUUGGACAAAGGACCGAUUUCCGCUCUGUAUUAAUGCUGUACUGAUGGGGUGUCUGUCGGACAAUGACAUAAAUUCCCAUCGACGUUUGUCGCUUAUCACCUUGUUGCCUUCUUAGCCUGGAAAACAUGGGUUGUCAAUUUUGCAGAGGCCAGAUAUUAACAAUAUCAAAGGAACUCUGGCAACCUGCACCUCCUCUUCAGAUCAAUGUAACUCCGAAUGGCUGAUCAUAAUCUGAUGGUCUAUGAUUUCCCACAUAUAAUGGGUUUCACUCAGAGACCCAGAAAUAACUGCUGUGGCAAUUUCAAUUUACAAUGUUUUGAAACAAAUCCCACUAAAAAGAUUGGGUUUGAUGGGGGAUGGGGAGAUGACUUACUGCUUGACCUUAACGACCUCAAGAAUUGUUUGCUUCAGUUCCUGUGUUCUUCCAAUGGAUCUUUAUUUUCAUUUUAGCAUUAAAAUUUAAUGAAAUCAGAUUAGUUGAGGUUCUAAAUGCUUUGCAAUUUUCAUUGUUGAAAUUUCCAAUAUGAUUUGAAAUGAUUUUUUUAAUAAAAGU